UUUUGUUUUUUUGCGCCUGCUUUUGCUUUGAUUGUUUACAAUCGCCAUAGUAGUUUAAAAAUUAAAGAAAAAAUAAAUCCAAUGCAUACAAUUAAUGCAAAAAUAGUACUUUGUGAUAUUGAAGGAACAACCACUUCAAUUAGCUUUGUUAAGGAUGUUCUCUUUCCUUAUGCAAAAGACCAUGCAAAAAACUAUCUUCAAACCCAUUGGCAUGAAAACGAAACAAAACAAAUAGUUGCUGACCUAAUUAACUUAGCCGAAUACAAAAAUUUCCAAAGCAAACCCAUCAACGAAUCUGAUAUUACUGUUGAGACAGUAACAGAAUUUGUUCUAUACCUUAUUGAGAAAGACUUAAAAUUAGGCCCAUUAAAGACUCUUCAGGGACUUAUUUGGAAUCAUGGUUACGUUGAUAAAACUAUAAAAGGACACAUUUAUGAAGACGUCCCUCCAGCUUUUGAAAAGUGGACGAAAAAUGGAAUUAAAAUUUGUAUCUAUUCAAGCGGUAGUGUGAUGGCACAAAAAAUGCUAUUUGCUAAUUCAGAUUUUGGUAAUUUGAUGCCGUUUUUAACUGAUUACUUUGAUACUGCAAUUGGCAAUAAGAGAGAAUCUAAAUCUUAUACAAAAAUUGUGCAACAUUUGGAUGUAGAUAGUCAAGAUAUACUUUUUUUAACCGAUAUCACCGCAGAAGGAAAAGCUGCUUUGGAGGCUGGAAUGCAGGUAAUAAUAUUGCAAAGACCAGGAAAUGCGCCACUCACUGACGAUGAACAGAAAGAAUUCAUUAUUGUUAAAAAUUUUGACGAAAUUCAAAUAAACAAAAAAUAAAAUUCUUAAAAAGAAA